AUGGGGAGAAUUAGAUUGUUCCGCACAAUUUUGUGCGUGAGCCUGGUUAUAAGUUAUGCAUCGUCAGCAGCAGUAACAACCCAGGAAACGAUUGUGGUCACCCGAUCAGAUAUUGAGGAAACCUCAACCCCUACUCCUAGUGCUAGUGCUGAUGUGGAAAUUACUACAGAAGAACCGAACAUUCCGAUAAAAAUAACUGAGAUGCGCGUGCACUCCGAAAUUGCAUUACGUUAUGCGAGCACAGCUGUAGUUACCACUGUACGAAACCCAGCCAAGCGAUCACAAGAAGCAGUAUUCCGUAUGCUUCUACCAGAGACCGCUUUCAUUAGCGGAUUUAUCAUGACAUUAGAUGGAAAAUCUUACAAAGCCUAUGUCAAAGAGAAGGAAGAGGCAAAAAAUAUUUACAACCAAGCUGUUUCCCAGGGUAUUAGCGCCGCGCACGUGUCUGCAAAGGCUCGCGAUUCCAAUCACUUCACUGUCGCCGUAAACGUUGAGCCAAAUAGCACCGCAGUGUUCAAUCUAACUUAUGAAGAACUGCUCGUUCGGAGAAAUGGAGUUUACAACCACGCCAUAAACCUUCACCCUGGAGCCCUGGUACCAAAACUAAAGGUCACUGUACAUAUUAAAGAAAGUGAGAAAAUAACCACAUUAAGAGUACCUGAAGUUAAAACCGGUAACGAGGUUGAUGCAACAGACGCAGAUGCGCAAAACCCUAUUGCCGCUAUUGAUAGAGGGCAUGAUGAUAGAGAAGCAACAAUUACUUUCAAACCAGAUCUACUGGAACAGAGAAGACUUAUUGAUAUCUAUACCACAAAAUCUAAAGAAUCUGCAUCUCAUAGACCUUAUUACUUACGCUCGGCUGAUGAGGAAAAACAAGAAGGAACAAUUGGACAGUUCGUUGUACAAUAUGAUGUGGACCGGACAAAUACAAAGGACAUAUUAGUUAACGACGGUUACUUCGUUCAUUUCUUAGUUCCGGGCUCACUUCCACCACUAAAGAAACAUGUUGUUUUUGUAUUGGAUACAUCAGGAUCUAUGAUGGGCCGUAAAAUUGAACAGCUGCGUGAAGCCAUGCAAACUAUCCUCAGUAAACUGAAUCCAGGCGACUACUUCAGUAUCAUCGAAUUCAACUCUGAUGUCACGGUUCAUAACCUCAAUGAAGCGGAUAAGCCUGAAUCAGAUAAACGUCGUACUUGGAGCUACACCAGACGUGAGAAUACAGUGCUGAUUCCACCAUCACUUGUGACUCCUGAAAAUAUUAAUAAAGCUAAAGUUAUUAUAUCCAGGAUGCAGGCUUAUGGAGGUACCGACAUACACAGCGCGUUGAGCGUAGCUAUAGAUCUAAUUCGCAAGGGAGUUGACUGGAAAGUUAAACCAAUUGCAAAGGAAAACGAAACUGUAACAGAACAAUCGACACCACUGACCACCCCGGCAGCAGAAGAAGGCCGCGCCUUGUCGGGAGACAUUGAUAUCAAAAACGAGCUGGAACCAAUUAUAAUAUUUUUGACCGAUGGAGACCCCACCGAAGGAGAGACCAACACCGGGCGCAUUCUAAGCCACAUCUCUGAAAAGAAUUACGGCGAGAGAAAGGCUACAAUUUUCGCCCUUGCUUUUGGUGAGGAUGCUGACCGUACUUUCCUGCGUAAGCUGUCACUGCGCAAUGAAGGCUUUAUGCGUCAUAUCUACGAAGCUGCUGAUGCUGCGUUGCAAUUACGCGAGUUUUACCAACAAGUUUCAUCGCCACUGCUCUCCAAUGUGCAUUUUACCUACCCCAAGGAUCAGGUCAAAGAAGGUUCGGUAACUCGCAGCAAAUUCCGCGCUGUGUAUGAAGGUUCUGAGGUGGUUGUUGCCGGAAGAGUUGAAGACAAUGCGCAAGAGAUCGAGCCACAAGUGACAUAUUGCUUCUAUGAUGUCGACGAUGGCCACGGCAAGAAAAAGAACAUCAUUUCACCGAAAGUCCCUGUAAGUAGAACUAAAAAUGAGUACAUGCCGCUGGAGAGGCUGUGGGCGUAUCUCACCAUCAAACAAUUGCUAGACGAAAAGGACGCCGUUGAUGGAGACGACAAAUCGGAAAAAGGCCCAGAAAUGCGUGCGCUACGAAUAGCUUUACAGUACGAAUUUGUGACACCUCUAACGUCUCUCGUCGUGGUUAAGCCAAAUGCAACAAAUGCUGUUAAUACUGAGUCAGUUGAUUCCCAACGGCCAGAAUAUGCUGCUUAUGGAUCACCAUUAAGUACAAUACGUAAUAAGGCCACUCAUCACACAGGUUACAAAUUACACUCUCUUGCGGUUUCCUUGCCACGCAGACCACCUGUUGCCUUAAACUACCAUUCUAUACAAUCACACAACAACGUUAUAGCCUUGUCUGGAUACAUGCCCAACGCCAUGUUAUCAAACGUGCAUUACUUUGCUUCACCUUCUUUGCCAGCUUCGCCGAUGUUUAUGAGUCCGCACGCUGGUUUUGGAUCUUAUCACGCUGAAGAAGAAGAAUAUGAUGGAGAUAUUUCCGACAUUCGUAUCUCUUCAUCAUUGGACUCGCAAUUUGCUUCAACAACUCCCGCCGUGUUACAGCAAUCCACAUUAGCGGAACUUUCAUGGGUCGCCACUUUGUGUGAGGCUUAUACUAAAUCAUACAAUUUUACCGUUAAUGGUACUGAAGUUAGCCUCAAAUUGCCUGCGGAAUCUGAGCCAGUGCCAAGAACUACCGGAGGUGAUGCUAGUUGUGAGAAGGCCGUAGGUGGGGAGGCAGGAUUGUGCGUGUAUUUGACGCGAUGCCGUUCAGCCAAGGAUAUCAGCUUGGAGCAAUAUGAAGAGUUUUAUUGUGUUGUUGGAAAUGGGUAUGCUGGAAUAUGCUGUGUGAAAGAAGACGUCGAUAAGUCAUAA